AUGGGGCCAACGGUGUUGGACCACUGGAACAGCCUGCUGACGCUUCGAUCGCGCUUGUCAAACAGGCUGGCCACCUUUGCCAGAAGCGACAGGAGCGACAGCAGUGCCAACAGCAGGCUGUCGCAGAAACACCGGAACGACGCCGCAUUCCUCGAAGCGGAUCUCCGUUACAUCUUCACCACCAUUCCGAUCAUUAUCACUCUUCCGCUUGAUAGCUAUGACGAUGUUGAAAAACAGGCACAGCGUCUUUUGGAAGUCCUGGAUCAGCUCGUCAACCCAGCGCUUCUGGAGCAGCCGCCCGAGAAAGUGGACGCUGAAAGGCAUCCGGGUCCGCACGACCUUGUAGCCCUAGGCAGACGAUAUCCCAAUUUGAGCUCUUUACUGACUUGCUUGGGGUCCUCUCUGAUUCAGUUCAACCUGGUGACCGGCCAAGGUUCAUCGCUCUUUUUUCUGCCAAAAGGUCCGCUUGGGGAUGCGACAGUGACAUGCAUCUCUCAGGUGAAGGAGAUCUUGGGCAAGGUCGCCUACGCAGCAGAGACGCAACUGAACUCUUCCACAUCUUCGCUGCCCACAGACAAUGCCAUAGAUAGCAGUUCAACUGCCCUGCACGAGCCUGCAGAUUACCAGGACACGGUGUCGCGAAAGUAUGCAAGCGCUGUCGUCAACAGUAUCUUCAAGGAGCUUCAAGACCGCAACUGUGGAAAAUCUCACGAGAUCAAGCUCAAGGUCUCGGACGACUGGCAGAUAGGUCCACGAGAUGUUCCCCUUGAUAUGUUUCUCUCGUGCUGUGUGGAUCUCGAACGAUGGCAUCAGGCAAAAUGCGGCCCUUUCGAGGUGGCUAUCAAUGAGGCCAGGAGUGAUGGAAUCUGUGCGGCGAUUCAACGCGCAAAAACACAAGGCAGAAGCCUAUACCUCGUCGUGGAUAAAAAGGGUCUCUUUGAUAUUUCCGACAAGAUGCCCUCGACACCGCUCUCGCUGGCACACUUGACCUCGGAGACUCUUCAGGACCUACUAGACCAGAAGGCGCUCACGCGCAUCACCCCCAGAGAUUGUUUUACAGGGUCCGCCAAGAACAAGCUUAGUUCACGAGAGAAGGACGUUCUCGCUCUUGGCCUUGCAAGAUGCUUAAUGGAAUUCUUCGACGCCAAUAUCGAGCUGGCCUUACACAGCUGGAGACCGGAAUGCGUAUACUUUCUCCGGUCAACUCGGGGUCAUGCACGAGACCGUAUCCUGUACAUCUCCCUCAAGCCACUUGGGCCCGCAAGCUCAGAGGAAGGCCCCAUCCAGUCAGCGAGCCCUGUUGGACCGGGAAACCCAAUCCUACUUUCUUUCGCGAGGCUUCUACUGGAAAUCGAAAACGGCGAAAAUAUAGCAUUGGAGGUCAAACCAGACCGCAGAGCAAAUCUGCCCAGCUGGGGAGAGAUGUGCGAUAUCGUUGAACGCAUUGAGAGCGAGGGAGGGGGGAACUACCUCCAAGCAGUCAAAGGAUGCUUGUACCUGCAUAUCGCUCUACGAAAAAUCCAAAAUGAAGCAGUGGACCUUUCACUAAGCGACCUCCUCAGGAAAACUAUAUACGAGCAAAUCGUUCAUAGGCUGGAAGCAAAUGUGAACCCCGAAAAGUACAAACGUAAACGUCGAGACUCUGUCACCGAGAUGCCUCUUGCAAAGAAGCUGUCACUGGCUCCUCCAGCGCCGAGUUCAACCCCAAACCCGACACAAGUACACCCAGAGAAGCGGAAUCAUCCCACUAAUCGAAAGGACUUUGAAAUCGCCAUUGUCUGUGCGCUCCCGCUAGAAUACGAUGCGGUCGCAGGCCUGGUCGAUGAAUUUUGGGAUACCGACUUUGGGUGCGCUGAUGGAGAUCCCAACAUUUACACACACGGACGCAUUGGAAAGUUCAACGUCGUUCUUCUCGUUCUUCCCAGUAUGGGUAAAGUUAGCGCUGCAGGGUCAUCGGCAAGUCUUCGCCUUAGUUAUCCACGACUAUCCAUUGUUCUUCUCACCGGGAUUUGCGGGGGUGUACCAUUCCCAGUCUCUGGAGAGAAGAUUCUUCUAGGAGACGUCGUCAUCAGUCGGCAUAUUGUACAGUAUGACCUCGGCAGGCGAUACCCCAACGAGUUCAAGACCAAGGAUACCGCCGAAGAUACAUAUGGCAGAGCCUCGCCCGGCGUACGCCGCCUUCUUACACUCCUGCAGACGCACACAGCCAGUGAGAAGAUGGAAAGACUUACCGCAAGAUACCUACAGGAUCUUCAAAGUAAGUCUGCGCGGAAACGCCGCGGCCCGAAUUAUGAUUUUCCCGGGGCUUCCGAAGACCGAGUCUUCCAACCGAACUAUCACCACGAACGGCAUGGCUCGCAUAGUCUCUCGUUGAGUUCUGUGAUACACAAAAUGCAGGAUUCCAGCCAGUCUUACAAUGUCUCAUGCGAGGAGGCGAGAUGUGAUCUUGGGAAGCUCAUACCCCGAGAACGAGUUGAGCAAAAGCAGCUCCUUGAGAAACAAGGCCGCAUCGCAGAGGCUCAAGCCCCCUUGAUCUUCAUUGGUACCAUCGGGUCCGCGGACACGGUCAUGAAGUCGGGAGAGGAGCGCGACCGAAUUGCCAGUCUCCAUAACCUGAUCGCGUUUGAAAUGGAGGGCGCAGGACUUUGGGAUGAGACGCCGUGUCUCGUGGUGAAGGCCGUCUGUGACUACGCAGAUAGCCAUAAGAAUAAGAAGUGGCAAAACUUUGCCGCGGCGACGGCAGCCUCAGCUACAAAGGCGCUGCUGGACUUUUAUGUUCAUCGCGAACCCUCCAGGUGAGCCUCAUCAGCUGCGGCCCCCGCUCUCUCGCUUUGGGGCGAUCACGAUAUUGCGAAUACGAGGUCAAUUCGGCGCCAAGCAACCCUUCAGUCAGUGAUAACAGCACAAGCUCUUCUCCACAGUCCUGGGUCCCAUCCCAUGAACAAUCGAAGAACGUGGUCUAGUAGUUCUGCGUUCGAGCAACAAUCGCUCCCCAUGUCAGAUCCAAUCACGCUCACUACACAGCGGAUUCUCCUCUCCCAGUUUCUGUGGAGCGACCCGAACCACUGCCAAUUCCUUGCGAAACUCGAAACGACCCUCCGCAUCCCGAAUGGUCGGCCAGGGAAGACCGCCAUCAGGACCAGCGACGACGCGAAGCAGUCUCUCUACCACGAUAACCAGGUUCAGUGGAAUCGCUACGGCUACGGAACAUACCUAAUCCUGAUAAAAAUCUUCCCCGCGCGACAGAUUACCGAGCAGAAUCGCAUCGACCCAUGGGAAUAUGAACCAAUCGGCAA